AUGGAGGAAGCUAACUUCCUCGUUUUACGGGUCUCUCUCGCAUCCCCAGAAGGCGAGGAUACUGUCGCAGUCAUACCAAAUGCUAAAAGUAUGUCCAACCAAGAAAUGGAAGAAGUUGCCUCAAGGUACCGCCACACGAGCGGGUUCGUCUUCCCCGCACCGGCAGGCUUCGAGUUCUGCUACUAUGAGAUCCGUUUCUGGACCUCACACUAUGAGCUAGAGAGGUGCGGACAUGCCAUGCUACUGUCGAAGCUUGGGAUAACGCCACAGGACAACCUCCGCAUCGUGACCAAGGGUGGCCUUAUGGAUGCAAGGAGCACGAAGGCUGUUGACAGUACAGACAGCACAAAGGAUUAUAUCUGGGACAUCUAG